AUGGCUACUAAUCAUCUAGCCACAGUGGAAACUUUCUUGCAGGAUCAUCCAAGUUCCACCAUCAAGUUUAUUCCUCCCUCAUCCCCAGAGUUUGCUACUACACGCGAGGUUUGGAAUGGCUCGCGCCCCGAUCAACCGCUCGCAAUUGUUCAGCCUCAGUCAAACGAAGAUGUCACAGUUCUAAUCAAAUUUGUCAAAUCUAACGCCAUUCCAUUCUCUAUCCGGUCGGGCGGCCAUAACUUAGAAGGGCUCGCUCUAGUGCAAGAUGCACUACUGAUCGACUUGAGAGCCUUGAACUCGGUCACUGUCGCGAGCGAUCGGAAGUCAGCGACAGUAGGGGGUGGAAUUCUCCAAGGCGAUGUGAUCGAUAAACUCUGGAGUCAGGGUUUGGCAACAGCAACUGGAACUAUUCCACAUGUCGGAUAUUAUGGCUGGGCCUCUUAUGGCGGUUACGGCCCCUUCUCCUCCACAUGGGGGCUGGGAGUUGACCAGAUUCUUAGCGUUACUCUCGUGGAUCCCAACGGGAACUUCGUUAAGCUGGAAGCUGAUGAUCGUCUCUUGAAAGGUAUUCGUGGGGCUGGUGGAGUUUUUGGGGUCAUUGUUGAUGUGACUAUCAAGGUCUACCCUGCCCCUUCGCUUCUUGCAGGGCCGAUUAUCUAUGAUAGUAGCGACAUAAGAAAAUCUUACACUGAAGUGAACACUGCUUAUAACGAGCUUCUCAAAACAGAGACUAUCCUCCCACAACUUACCCUCCAACGUGUCUGCUUUAACUCUCCUCGUGGCCUUGCCUUUGCCAUCCUCUUUGCCUGGAGUGGCACUGAAGCUGAAGUUGAAACUGGUCAGAUGUGGAGCCAAAAAAUCGCAUCCCUGGGCCCUGCGAAAAUGAAUAUGGUCAAACAAACUAGCAUUCCAGAAUGGAUCUCCGGCGCCGGUGCCAAUGUCCCUAGGAUUGUAUAUGGUUCUUCCUGGACAUACAAUGUAUCCAGUGUCACACCUGAAAUUGCUGAAGCAAUUGGCUCCAACCUAGCUAUUAUACCUGCAGACCCAGGCGCGAUGUUCUCUCUUCACCAGGUCCGCGGCCCAUCUGCCGCACCACAGGCGCACGAGUCAUUAUUCAACCCCCGCGAACCUCAUUUCAUGCUUGAAAUUCUCGGUUAUGCAGUUUCUCCAGAGAAGCAAGCCGAAUCAGAGGCUUGGGCAGAGAGAUUCUCAGCGGAGUUGGAGAAGGCUGCAUUAAGUUCUGGCGUUCUAAUACCUACGGCUUUUGUGUCUAUCUAUAGCUCUGCCCGUUCUAAAUCGGCAGAUGACUGGGUAAAGAAGGUUUACGGUGACUCGGCUGGGGAGUUGCGUAACUUGAAAUCGUUCUUUGACCCUGAGAAUUUGUUCAAGUUCACGGUGCCGUCUUUGCAAUAG